GCAAUUUGGAGGAUUACUUGCGAUAUCAUCAUCACUUCUCCAGAUUCCCGCGAGACGAAGCCCUAACUUCCCAUUCUCUCUGUGUUUCACUUUCUUGCUCCAUUUUCUUCGACAUAAUCAAGAGCGGGAAAGCAAAUGUCACGCCGUGAAGCUCGGGAAUCCGACUCCAAGCGCUACCGUUCCAGAUUCGAUAGAGAACCCAGUCCAAAGAGGUCAAGGAGGGACAGGAAACCAUUAGAGGAGAAGUUAUCUAGAAACUCUAGUUCUCAUGUUGAAGAUAAUAAAGAUCGGGAUCAGAAACACGAGCUGCGACAUGAGGGACAAGAUGUGACACCCCAUGAGUCUUCAUUAGCACUUGAUUCUCAUCCAGAAGGUGGGGUUAGCAAAGGAGCAAACAGGAACAGUGAUGAGAGAGAGGGAGGGACUAAACGUGCAUUGAAUCCCACUGAAGUACCACGAUCACGAUCUUAUUUUCAGCACGACAAACGUGGUAGUGCCGGGCAAGUUGGUCGAAGCUUUGGUCGGAGUUCAUCUAGUGGACGGGGUUGGUGGAAGGAUUCAAAGGAACAGGAUAAGAAUAGUGACAGGGCAUCUGGAAAGACAGCAACUUACAAUUCACAGCGAAGAGAUGAGAUACCACAAACCGUGAAAGAGGAUAAUCACACAAGGACUCGUGACGGGUCCUCAAAACUGGAGGUUGAUUCAUCAGCUCCUGCUCGGAAAAGGCCUGCAUUUAGGGAGAAGAAGAUUACACCCGACAAUGAAAAUUUUGAGAAGGCAGGUAUGGCAUCAGAGAGUAAGAAACUGAGUGAUCCACACCCGCCUCAGGAUGGAAGAGAGCGGAGAGAAGAAAGAGGCCGUGACACCCGUUACUCCGAUAAACUUAGUAAGCACGUUACUGGAGAUAUGGCUUCCAAAAGGGAUGAGAUGAAGAGAGGAGGGUACUCGGUGAGGGAAAGGUAUGGCAAUGGAGGUGGUGGUGGGAAUUACAGGGGAAGAGACAGAUUUGGUGGGAGGCAAGGAUAUCCAGCCAGUGGUGGUACCCGUGUAGAGAAAUGGAAGCACGAUCUGUUUCACGAGGCUAACCGGAGUCCAACCCCGAAGAAUGAAGAGGCCCAAAUCGCCAAGGUUGAAGCUCUUCUUGCUUCAUAGGAUAUGGAAUAAUUUGAUGCCAUCUGAUUUUGUUGAGUCUUUAGUGAAUAUGGUUUGACAAAAAUAUUGAAGCAUUUGAAAUGAUGUAGCUUGUGUUCUUCUAAAACAUCCUUUCCUGUUUGUUCUCCUGCUUCUUCUUGUUUGUCACAACUCAAUGUAAUUGAAUUUCCUGAUUCUGUUCGACCCAAA